AUGGGUUACUGGUUGAAGAGCUUCAACGACCAGCCUCCUCCGGUCCCUGGGACCUCGUUCACUGUGCCUGAGAUCAACAACUUACCUAUUCCCAACACGGCGAUCUUCCUUGUCAUGGCGCUUACUUGGGGCUGGCUCUCUGACGGACCUCUCCAAGGAGCUCGAUGGCCAUUCAUAUAUGCAGGCGCUAUACUCAUCAUCAUCUUCAACAUCCUCCUUCUGAACAUGCCACUUUACUCCAAUGUGGAUGGAAGGAAGGUUGUCUACUGGCUCAGCAACAUUGGCCACGGUGCCGGUCCUCUGAUCCUUAGUUGGAUCAAUGAGAUAUGUUCUGCGGAUACGGAAAAGCGAGCCCUGAUCGUGGCUAUGGCCAACGACUUGGCGUAUGUCGUACAGGCUAUUGUGCCCAUGUUCAUGUGGAAAACUACGGAUUUUCCUGCUGCGAGGAAGGGAUACACGUACUCAACCAUUUUGCAAGUACUCCUGAUUUUGGAGACUGCUUUUAUCCAGGUGCUAUUGUGGCGCGAUAGACGGAAGCCCUUGAGGCCUGGUGGUGUCGAGUCGCCGCCUCCACUGAUCUACUCGGAUGAGGAGGAGGGUGAAGAGCGCAACAAGCCAGGAGAGCCUCACUAUUCUCAUACUAAUUAG